AUAUGAUCCACGGUUGAUUAAAAGUAUAUUUCAUCAGUGUAUAUCGCUCGUAAUAUUUUUUGUUCAACCAACUUCCUUAUAAAGAGGCAAAACCCCAAAACGGAUAAGGAUUAAAAAAGCAAAAACUAAACCUAGGUGAAACCAAUCAGUUGUGUGUUUGAUUCAAAUUAAGAAAGAUGGAGGGUGGAAACAACAAACAUGAUGGUUCGGACGACAAGGACAAAGGGCUGUUAUCUAAUCUUGCUGCGUAUGCUGCUGGAGCAGGACAUUAUCCUCCCCAUGGAGCUUACCCUUCUGCACCAUAUCCUCCCCAUGGCUACCCUCCAGCUGGUUAUCCACCGUCGGGAUAUGGGUAUCCUCCGCCACAUGGAUAUCCUCACGGAGGGUAUCCACCAGCAGGGUACCCUCCUCCUCCCCCGGCAGGUUAUCCUGGCGCAUCUCAUUCAGGGCAUGGAAUGGGAGGACUCCUUGCCGGAGGUGCAGCUGCAGCCGCUGCUGCUUAUGGUGCUCACCACAUGGCUCAUGGGAUGCACCGGCCUCAUGGUGGUUUCUAUGGCCACCAUGGGAAGUUGAAGCAUGGCAAGUUUGGGAAGCGCUGGAAGCAUGGCAUGUAUGGGAAGCACAAAUUCAUGAAAAGAUGGAAGUGAUGCGACAAAGCAUCCCUUGUUUGUCUCGUUUCGCUGCUGGCAAUUCUACUGUCAUCGUGUUAUUUCCCUGCUUAUCGCAAACAUAUUUCUUCCAUUAUUGUUCUGUACAGAGUUAUGCAGUUAGCUACUGAAUAUUUUGUUGGUGAAAUUUCUGAACAUCUGUGAUUUGGGUUUUGCACAUAGUAUUGUGUACUUGAACAUGAAUGAUUUCCUGACUAUGCUAUAUUCAUCCAAACUAAUGUGCUUUCAUUGGAACA